AUGCCGUCAGCCUUGGCCAUCUUCACUUGUCGCCCGAACUCACACCCGUUUCAGGAGCGUCAUGUCUACCUGGACGAGCCUAUUAAAAUCGGCCGCUCGGUGGCCCGCUGUCGACCAGCGCAGAAUAAUGCUACCUUUGAUUGCAAAGUGCUGUCAAGGAACCAUGCUCUCGUCUGGUUUGAUCACAAGACGGGCAAGUUUUAUCUCCAAGACACUAAAAGUAGUAAUGGUACCUUUAUAAAUAGUCAGAGAUUGAGUCGAGGCUCUGAAGAAAGUCCACCAUGUGAAAUCCUUUCCGGUGACAUUAUCCAGUUUGGGGUAGAUGUGACGGAGAACACACGGAAAGGUACGGUUACCCAUGGGUGUAUUGUUUCCACAAUAAAACUUUUUCUACCAGAUGGUAUGGAAGCCCGGCUCCGCUCAGAUGUCAUCCAUGCUCCAUUACCAAGUCCUGUUGACAAAGUUGCUGCUAACACUCCAAGUAUGUACUCUCAGGAACUAUUCCAGCUUUCUCAGUAUCUUCAGGAGGCCUUACAUCGGGAACAGAUGUUGGAACAGAAGUUAGCCACGCUUCAGCGGCUACUAGCCAUCACCCAAGAGGCUUCAGAUACCAGUUGGCAGGCUUUAAUAGAUGAAGAUAGACUCUUAUCACGGUUAGAGGUUAUGGGAAACCAAUUACAGGCUUGCUCCAAAAAUCAAACAGAAGAUAGUUUACGGAAGGAACUUAUAGCAUUACAGGAGGAUAAACACAACUAUGAGACGACAGCCAAAGAGUCCCUGAGGCGGGUUCUUCAGGAGAAAAUUGAAGUGGUUAGAAAACUUUCAGAAGUUGAGCGAAGUCUGAGUAAUACUGAAGAUGAAUGUACCCACCUGAAAGAAAUGAAUGAACGGACUCAGGAAGAAUUAAGAGAAUUAGCCAAUAAAUAUAAUGGAGCAGUUAAUGAGAUUAAAGAUUUAUCUGAUAAAUUAAAGGUAGCAGAGGGAAAACAAGAGGAAAUCCAACAGAAGGGACAAGCUGAGAAAAAAGAAUUACAACAUAAAAUAGAUGAAAUGGAAGAAAAAGAACAGGAGCUCCAGGCAAAAAUAGAAGCUUUGCAAGCUGAUAAUGACUUCACCAAUGAAAGGCUAACAGCUUUACAAGUACGGUUAGAACAUCUUCAAGAGAAAACUCUUAAAGAAUGCAGCAGCUUAGGGACACAAGUUGAUGACUUCUUACCUAAAAUAAAUGGGAGCACAGAAAAAGAGCACUUGCUUUCAAAGAGUGGCGGGGACUGCACUUUUAUUCAUCAAUUCAUAGAAUGCCAGAAGAAGCUGAUCGUCGAGGGGCAUCUGACCAAAGUGGUAGAAGAAACAAAGCUUUCAAAAGAGAACCAGGCAAGAGCAAAGGAAUCUGAUUUAUCAGAUACUCUGAGUCCAAGCAAGGAGAAAAGUAGUGACGACACUACAGACGCCCAAAUGGAUGAGCAAGACCUAAAUGAACCCUUUGCUAAAGUGUCCCUAUUAAAAGAUGACUUGCAGGGUGCACAGUCAGAAACUGAGGCAAAACAAGAAAUUCAGCAUCUUCGGAAGGAAUUGAUUGAAGCCCAGGAACUAGCUAGAGCAAGUAAACAAAAAUGCUUUGAACUUCAAGCUCUUUUGGAAGAAGAAAGAAAAGCCUAUCGAAAUCAAGUUGAGGAAUCCAGUAAACAAAUACAGGUUCUUCAAGCCCAACUGCAGAGGUUACACAUCAAUAUUGAGAACCUCCGGGAGGAGAAGGACAGUGAAAUCACAAGCACUCGAGAUGAAUUGCUUAGUGCCCGAGAUGAAAUUUUACUCCUUCAUCAAGCAGCAGAAAAGGCUGCCUCUGAGCGGGACACUGACAUUGCUUCUCUACAAGAAGAGCUUAAGAAAGUGCGAGCUGAGCUUGAGCGGUGGCGGAAAGCAGCAUCUGAAUAUGAGAAAGAAAUCAUGAGUUUGCAAAAUACUUUUCAGCUUCGAUGUCAGCAAUGUGAGGACCAGCAGAGAGAAGAAGCAACGAGGCUACAAGGUGAACUAGAGAAGUUGAGAAAGGAAUGGAAUGUAUUGGAAGCCGAAUGCCGUUCUCUAAAAAAGGAAAAUGUUUUGCUAUCAUCAGAAUUGCAGCGGCAAGAAAAAGAAUUGCACAAUUCUCAGAAGCAGAGUUUAGAGCUUACCAGUGAUCUCAGCAUCCUGCAGAUGACUAGGAAAGAGCUUGAGAAUCAAGUGGGAUCCUUGAAAGAACAGCAUCUUCGGGAUUCAGCUGAUUUAAAAACUCUUCUCAGUAAGGCUGAAAACCAAGCGAAGGAUGUACAGAAAGAGUAUGAAAAGACACAGACUGUACUCUCAGAACUGAAGUUGAAGUUUGAAAUGACUGAGCAGGAAAAACAAUCAAUCACAGAUGAGCUCAAACAAUGUAAAGACAACCUGAAGCUGCUCCGAGAGAAAGGAAAUAAUCCUUCCAUAUUACAACCCGUCCCAGCCGUAUUCAUCGGCCUAUUCCUGGCUUUCCUGUUUUGGUGUUUCGGUCCAUUGUGGUAGAGAAAGAAACCCUGGCCCUGGAUGCCCAUGUUGGCUGCCCUGGUUGCGGUGACAGCCAUCGUGCUGUACGUGCCAGGUCUGGCCAGAGCUUCUCCAUGAGAGCGUUUCUUGAGUCCGUACACCGUCCUCCCUCUAGAAGCUGGCACCACACUCAUGCUGGGGACAAACAGAACCAUUUUCUUCCUUUUUACCUCUUAAAACAGCAGAAGUGCAAGAAUACAGCUGUAGGGUCUUUGCUUUAAAUUAUAUAAAAUGUAUCUGUCUAUAAAGAGGAUAUAAAAUUGUGACUUUAUUCUACUGUAAGCAAUAAUUUGCUUGCAAUUUUUCAUGUAAUUUUUAAAUUAGUAUGUUGAAAUUCUGAAUAUUAUGGUGGCCUAAAGUAGGCUUCUUGGUACACCAAAUUAUUUAUAACAUUAAAUUUAUGGGUAUUUUACUCUGAA